AAUCAAAAUAAAAUAAUUGGCUAUUCCGAGUUGUUGAGCUUAAAAGAGGGGAGAAAAUGGGACUCUUCUUUACUGAAAAUCAAGAAGCAGACAGAAGCACUUUGCGCAUAUCACAACUACUGAGCUGCAGUAGUCUCUGAACACAUGAUGUAAGUGAUUCAGAGACUACAAGAAACUUCAAGAGUUACAGCCAGCUCAUCAUGAAACAUUAUCUUAAUUUAAAGACAUCAGAAAGACCCAUUUGUAAAAUACAACGACAAUUUCUGACAAUGGAAUUCUGUGUAUUAUACAUGCAAAUCUGAAAUUCUGACCCUCUAUCCUGUACACUUUUAUUAAAAAAUUGAUAGUGAUGUAACCCUUGCCAGAAAAAGUGGAUUGAAAAUGGAUGAAUGAACAGGAGGAGCUGCAAGUGUAACGCAUGGUCUUUUUUUACGUGCAUAAUUGCUGUAGCUAUCUGAAAUUCUGAUGGAGAAAAGCCUAAGGUUUGUAUGUAGACCUGCAGGCAUCAUAACAAGACCAGCCUAACACUGCAAUAGUGAAGAAGCUGGUACUACCCCUCUCAGCGUCACAGAGCCCCCUCCCCCUAUCCUUUCCUUUCCAGCUACUCCGCUGAAUUCUGCAGUGCUGGUAGAUGUGGAUUGCUUGCAGCAAACGGAGACAGAUGAGGGAGCUUCACUGACUUAUACCUGUUAAGGAACUACCUACCAGCAGUGUCUUCUCCACUUAUCUCAGAAGCUUUUGAGUUCCUCACCUGAAGGCCUGUGAGAGGCUCCUCACACUGCAACGCAUCUUCAUCAGGAGAUAAUAAGGAUCACAGCAUGACGGACACAGUUUUUGGGAACAGCUCAGAGCGCUGGGUCUGCCCUAAUGACAGGCAACUGGGACUUCGUGCCAACGAAAAGGAACAGAUGGGCACCAGCUGGACGGUGCACUCGAACCGGACAGAGCCACAGCGGAUGAGUGAAGAGCUGACGGACGAGGAGAAGGAGAUUAUCAACAGAGUGAUUGCCAGGGCAGAAAAGAUGGAAGCCCUAGAACAAGAACGUAUCGGACGGUUGGUGACCCGCCUGGACGAUAUGCGGAAGAACGCUUGUGGCGAUGGUAUGUCUCGCUGUGUUCUGUGCGGGGAGCAGUUAGGCGUGGACGGUGUGGCCUCGGUGGUGUGUGAAGACUGCAAGAAGCAUGUGUGCAGGAAAUGCGGUGUGGAGAGUCGGCCGCGCUCGGUGUGGCUGUGCAAGAUCUGCAGUGAGCAGAGGGAGGUCUGGAAGCGUUCUGGAGCCUGGUUCUUCAAGGGUUUGCCCAAGCAGUUUCUGCCUUCUCCCAUGCCAAUCUCCAAGCCCAAAGAUCCUAGCCUCCAGAGGGAGGCUGACUCCAAGGAGCCCCCCAGCAGGGAGCAGAGAGCCAGCAGCUAUCCAAGGACUCUGGGCCGAGGGCAAACGGAGAGCCAGGUUCUGAGUGCAGAGCAGGACACCGCUGUGAAGACUCGGGACCCCAUCCACCAUAACACUGAGCAGGGUGGCUACAGCUCUGAGGAAGAUGGGGCUGCUGGCACCUACAGAGCUGCCAGGAGAGCACUGAGACAGCAGCGCUCAGAGGCCAACACUGAAAACCUGAGCCGGGGGAGCUGUCCUCCAGUGGCCCGCAAGCCUUCAGAGUCACGGAUGGCUCCCGGCAGCACGGAGAGCCAGGACUCCUACUUCAAAGAGGCCGAUGGCGAUAUAAACAGAGGCCCAGUAGCCAUGAAGAGAGCCAGCUCAGUGCAGGCGUCCCGCCCCCCCCCGGCCUCUGCCCAGGUGGUUCAGCCAGGGAGCAGAGCUUCUCAGAACCCCCCUUCUCGGUACCCAGAAGAAAAACAAGCAGGACAGAUGGACAGUGCUUACUCCACAGGCACUCAGAGAGAUGAGAGGUCUGUUAUGCCAGGGAAGGAUGAGAAGAGGCAGGCAGCCUCUUACAGCACCCCCCCAGUUCGGCACCAGCAGCCCCCCCCAGAGGAGGAUGAGGAAGAGGCCAACAGCUAUGAUUCUGAUGAAGCCACAACUCUGGGAUCUCUGGAAUUCAGCCUUCUUUAUGAGCAAGAAAAUAGCUCCUUACACUGCACUAUCAUCAGAGGAAAGGGGCUGAAGCCAAUGGACUCCAAUGGGCUGGCAGAUCCAUAUGUCAAGCUGCACCUGUUGCCAGGAGCCAGUAAGUCAAACAAGCUGCGAACCAAGACUCUGAGAAACACCCGAAACCCGAUGUGGAACGAAACUCUGGUCUACCAUGGCAUCACUGACGAAGACAUGCAGAGAAAGACACUGAGGAUCUCAGUCUGCGAUGAAGACAAAUUCGGUCACAAUGAGUUUAUUGGGGAAACACGAGUGUCUCUGAAGAAACUGAAAAUCAACCAGAAGAAGAACUUCAAUGUGUGUCUGGAGAGAGUCAUCCCGAUGAAGCGUGCUGGAACAGCAGGCUCCGCCCGUGGCAUGGCUCUCUAUGAGGAGGAGGUGAAGGAUGGCAGUGAGGUGGAGGAGCGGGGCCGUAUCCUGGUGUCUCUCAUGUACAGCACACAGCAGGGCCGGCUCAUCGUGGGCAUCAUCCGCUGUGUCCACCUGGCAGCUAUGGAUGCCAACGGAUACUCUGACCCCUUCGUUAAAAUCUGUCUAAAGCCAGACAUGGGGAAAAAAGCCAAAUAUAAAACCCAGAUUAAGAAGAAGACUCUGAACCCAGAAUUCAACGAGGAAUUCUCCUAUGAAAUCAAACACAGCGAACUGGCCAAGAAAUCCCUUGAUAUCUCCGUGUGGGAUUAUGAUAUUGGAAAAUCAAAUGAUUACAUUGGUGGCUGCCAGCUGGGAAUCACAGCUAAAGGAGAGCGUCUGAAGCACUGGUAUGAGUGCCUCAAGAACAAAGACAAGAAGAUCGAGCGCUGGCACACCCUGCUGAAUGAGAACCACGUCUCUAGCGAUUAGGAAGCCCUGCAUGCCUCCUCAGUUUCUCCAGACUUGUUGUUUUCCUGUCUUCCAGCACGCUGGCUAAUGUUUCUGUCUGCUCAAGCCUUUCCAUUUCUUGCUGGGUCCCUUCACACUUGAUAAACUUCACUGUAAAGAAAGAUGUCGCCACCCUCCCAGUGUUAAGUAGUUGGUGCAUAAAGGUUUAACCAUGUUUCAUGUAUGGAUAAUUUGUGAUUAGAAGUGAAGGUUCCUCUUAUUCCUUUAGUGAAAGGGUUGUGUAAAGCUUUUUAGUCCUUUCGCCACAAUAUUUUGUUAGAAAUCUGGGGGUGAACUGGGGUCACGAACUUUGCAUUUUAGCCCAAAUAAAGAGUUUAAAUAAACAUUGCAGAAGCAUUACAGCUAGAAAUUAUGCCUUCCUAACAAAAAAAAAUCACAUUAUUUUGCUAUUAUUUCUAGAUAAUAGAUAAAUGUACUGUUUAGUUUCUCCAUUGUAAAUACGUUUAAAAUUUAUGAAACUUUACACAGGCUGGCAGUUGGCACAAUGAACUGAUGCUCUUUCUGUUCAGUCAGAAGGGGUCAGGAAACCCUCUCAUUAUUUCGUAUCCCAAUUUUUUAUUGCCUAACCAGUGUGUCAUGGAUAUUCUGUCAGUGAUCCGGCUGUAUAGUUUAACUGUUUGUUUUCUGCGAUUCACCAGAAAGGAGAAGUAAAAGAGUUUAACAGCUAUGAUGAAGCAGCAGAGCCAGGCCCAUGAGUGUUCACUCUUCACUCAGACAGUAAAGCCACAAACACAGGACUGGAUUGGGAUGGAGACAUGAGAGGUAGAACAGCUGACUCACUCUAGGUCCCAGUUCAUGUUCAAGGGGGUUCGCUCGGGCUUCCUCUCCCUCUAGUGUUUGCUGGCUGCAUUAAACUACCCCAGGGAGUACAAGUGGAGUUCAUGCUUGGGAGAGGGGUAGCUCUCAUGACUACUGCGCUGGCUGCAGUGCUCUGCCUCUUUUUGGUCAACUUUUCCAAUGUUGGGGAGUAAGGGUGGCCCACCCUGGUGCUCGGGAGCUGAGGCUCAGCGGGGUUACCGGUCCCCCUUGAAAAAAAAACUAUUUGCAAAGAUCUGGGGUACACGGUUUGAUCAGUUUGUUAAAUUAACUGCUUUAAGAGCCUAGUGUUUUAGGAUUAUUUGAGAUGAACAGGGCUAUUUAAAUGCAUUUAGUUAUAGUAUUUCUUGAGAGCUACAAGUGCUUGAGGGCUCAAAAUGAAAUUGUUUCAAGUAUUUAGAAAUGUAUCAUUUAAGGGUGACCUAUAAUAAUGGUUGUAGUGUGGCUCUCAAGGACCGGAGAUCUGUAACCCUACUCUGAUGGAGUAAUCUUAAUAGAAUAACAACCACCGUCAGUCAUUUCAGUUCAUGUUAUUUAUUAUUCUGAAACUGGUUUCCUUUCUAUCCUACAUCAUCCACCUCAGAGGAAUACAUAGUUUAAAUAUUCCAAUUAUCACCUUUACCAUAUUGGAAUAUGUUCCAAUGAUCGUAUUCAACUUAGUGCUGAAGGCUCAUACCAGUACGGUAGGCAAGAGAACUGUGCACACCCUCCCCUGAAACACUCACUUUCAUAGCAGGUCACCCUUUGCACACUGUUUGACUCUGCAGAGGCCUGAUUCAGCUCUCAUGCUGCACACUGAUUUUGGCACCACCGAUGCCAGGAGUUUAACAUUUAUUGCACUAAACACUGGAGUCUUGUGAGUAAAAGACGGCAAGGAGAAGCUAGAAAAAUCUUAAGCUAACAGGGAUACCCAAACUAACUGACCAGGAUUCCCCAAGCAUUUGGUGAGCAGGUAACGAUGUAGGACUGACCUUUGGUCCUCUCGGCCGUGGCUGAAUGGCUGCAGGCCCACUGUGAUGUCAGUGAGGGAUGCCACGCCCCCGACUGGUCCACCUCUCCUGUCUGGCACUGUGGAGCUCUAUGGGUACGAGUAUAUCUGCCAGUCAUCACUCUCCCUAUUUGAAAGAGCACACAGUGUUGAGAGAAGUUUUGUGAACCCCCUAGGAUGGUUCAUAUUCCUGUAUAUUUUACACCUGCAAAUUGUGAUUUUGUCGGUGAUGGCAAACUAUCCAACAAAACAGCCCCAAAGCUUGCUUCUUGUAACACCAUGCUUGACUGUCAGGGUGAGAUUCUGCAGUGCUACCUUAAUUCCCAUAAAUGUGUUAGGGGUUCAAAUAUUUUUUCUUUAUACCACAUGAUGUGUGAGAAAAAAGGUAUUUACAUAUAAAAAAUGAAUAUAUUUUGGAAGCAAUUAACUGGUACUUACAGUAGCCUACAGUACAUGUUAAUAUAUAUUAAAAAAAUGCUUUUGGGGAAGAAGGUGGGAAAAGUUGUCAAUUCACUAUUAUGUUUAACAGAUCCUGUUCCUCUCCACGUCAAAACAAUCUUCACAUUAACAUUCUGAAGGUGCCAACGUUGGAAAGGGCCAGUUUUAUUGUGCUUUUUAAAUAGCCAGUGUUUUCCUUGCUAGUUCCAGGAUUCGCACACGAUCGUUCUGACUGAGAUCACUGCGGUAGAAUGAGACGGCUCUGAACCCGUUCUGAAGCGUAUCCAGAAUAAGCAGUCCCUCAGAAAUUAAUGUUCUGCUCAUUUUGCAUGAAAUCUGUUGAUGGGCAGCUGGCUUCUAUUAUCUUGUGCUCAGAGCAUUCAUGCAGUAGCCCUUAAUAGAGCGAAGGCUUUCACCCGUCCCUCUCUUGACAUAAUCUAGAUGCUUUUGGCGUGCUAUAUAUAGGCGAGUACUGCAUAUCAAUGAAAGCACACACUGUACAAUGGAAUGACCUCAGACUUUAUAUUACAAUUUGCAAGUUCUACAAACCCUAUGCAUGAUAUGUCUUGUAGACCAUAAUGUGGACAUCUUAUGUUAAUCCUGCAUUUCUUUUUGUGUGAUAUUUCUUGAUGUGUCUCGUAUCUACCUUCUAAAUCCUUAAACCAGUUUUUCCUUUUCUUUGAAAGAGAAGGCACUGGUGACAGAUUCUUGUAUUGAGUGCACAGUGUUUGAAGGGAUUGAGUGUAAUAAAACUUUAGAACCUUAAGAAAAAGGAACUGAAAAUUGAAAAUACAAUUUGUCAUGGCUUGUAUAGCCUCCAUCUUUGUGGUCAGAUCACUGUAUUUUGUCCUCCUAAGCAAUUUCACGUGCCAGCAUAAAGGAUGUAGAUGAACAAGAGUUGUCCGGCUCAGAAGUGUCCAGCGCUGGUCCAGGAGAGCCAUACUUCUGCAUGUCUUGUAUUAAAUGGUCAGUUCAGCAGGAAAUGAAGUCCAUUAGACAGUGUGGCUUUCCUGGCCUAGGGCCGGAUGCUCCUGGUCUAACUUCUUAUAGCAUAGAAAUGAGAAAUGUACCUAGCCAAGUACAUGAAAGGAAAAGUGUACAGAAAGGGUUGGACUGCACAUUCCUCAUUAAAUAUCAAGGCAAAUAUAAUGGCAGUUAAAAAAAUACUUUUAUCAGUUAAAAUAAUAUUAUAUUUCAAGCUUUUUAUUUUCUGUACAACUUUUUCACUACAAAACUUUACAUGAGCCUUGACCUGUAGUACAUUAUUUGUUGAUGUUAUACACCUGUCCAUAAUAGAUAAGCUUAAAGCAUCAAUUUAAGAAUGAUAGAAAUGUUAAUGUUUCUCACUAUCUAUAUCUGUGGAGGUUUUUAACCAGCCAGCAACUGGUGUGCCUAUACCUUAAUUAGUUACAAAUUUGGUCCAUUUAAUUGAAGCAGUUUUAUGCCCAUUUUGCAAGUUCAGAAUGAACACCAGAGUGUUUAUUUGCAAAGAUGGCUGAUUAAUCUCUGUGUGUGAUAAAUUUACAUGUAUCACAGACGGAUUGAUCAUUUUUGCAAAUUCUCUUUUUUUCUAGAGAUAUAAUUUUUCCUAUUGUCUAUACAGGAGCUACUGUAUUAUUAUUAGCAUCAUCAUCAUCAUCUGAAACCGUAAUUGGUGAAAUAUCAUGCUCUGUUUCUGUUCAUUCUACCUUGUUUAAUUCUCAGGGUAUUGACAAAUGAGUCAUUAAGGGAAAGAUUUGUGCACUCAGCUAUGAAAAUGGAUUCAUUCACCAGUGCUUUUAGUCUUUUCCUUCCAUUUCCUUUAGUUGAUAAUAUUAUAACAGUGUUAGUUUAUCUGUUAUUCAUUUUCAUGCAAUUGUUUGAAUGAACAUUUGAUUUUCUCUUAUUGUAAAUAAGUAGUGCAUGCACUGAGGAAUAUAUCCUAUAAUGUUUGCAAUUGGAUUAGCAUGUAAAGAUUUUUCUUUAUGACCACUAUGGUUUACACAUACUUGUGGAAAAUAAAAAAAAAACUGAAGGAACUGUA